AUCAGCGUUCAUCGAUUGGAGCCGUCUGAUCCGCACGUGGACUUGGCUAUUCUAGGUCAAGCAAAUCACUUUAUUGGGAAUUGCGUUUCUUCGUUCUCAGCAUUCACAAAGAGAGAAAGAGAUGCUCGAGGCUUGCCAACAUCGUUUUGGGGAUUUCCAGCAGAAAAAGCUGCUGUGAAAAAUGAUAGAGAUGAACUGUAGACAUUUCACUGCCAUUUCUGAUAACUGAGAGGUUGGUGCAAGAACUCAAAGAGUUAAAAAAAACUUCCAGAAUAGAUGUAGAAACAGUCAGUGAAGAGGUAUAUUUUUAGAAAAUGUAAGUAAGAGAUUGUAGUGAAUGAUUCCACUAGGUUUUGAGCGUGACAGAAAAUUAUCAAUCAUAAAAUUCUGGAUUUUCGUUUUAAAAUUAAUAAGUAUGUAUUUAUUUGGACAUACCUGUUUUUUUGCACCAAACAUUUAAAAUCUGACAUUCUUGGGUAAUGUAUUACAUAAACAUAAAGAAAAAAGUAGAAUGUGACCCAAACUGGAUUAUCAUCAGGAACUAUCGAUAAUUGUACAAUAUUUUUCAUACGCAGAUCAUUAUACCAAUGUGUACCUUUGUGAAUUUACAAUAAGUUCUGAUUAAUAUCCAAGUAUUUAUGCAGUAGGUGUACAAAGUAACAUAAGUAUUCAUUUUAGUCUAACUUCUUAUUCAGAAACUUAUGAGUUAUGUUCACUAACUUCAUAUGCACUACGCUAACUCCUCCUUGUAGAACCCCUGUGUACUAAAGCAGUCUAUUUACUUGCCACUUUCAUGAUAUCUUCAUAUUUAUUCUUUUUAAUAAACAAUAGCCCAUUUUGAAGUUUGAGGCUUGGUCUGUAGGAGCAAAACGGUUUUUAACAUGUCAUUUAUUAAUGUUUUGGAAAAUGUAUUUCCAUCCUCCCGGCUAUACAAAAAGAGAAAAGCAAAGGGACAAGAAAACAUGUCAGAUACUAAUAACUAUCUUGAUACAGUUGAAAACAAUUGUUAAUUUUUUUUUAAAAUGUUUUUCCUCUACUGACCAAGGCAAGUAAACUUGAAUUCAGUAUAAUAUUUAUGGUUAGUAAGGGUUCUCCAUGUUACAAUUGCCCAUUGUACAAUAAUGUAUCUGGAAAAUUGAAGUCUCUCUAGCUUGUUUCCUGUAGAUGGCUUAACUCCGAAAAAAUAGUUGCCUAAUGUUUUGGCCGUCAUUUAAUAUGUAUUUGUUGUGAGAACUGUAUUGAAUUACUAAUAUUUUUGUUUUUCUUCAUUUCCUUUAAACAUAGUUUGUGAAGUGGCCUCCAUAGCUUUUGAAAAGAGUUUGUACAAGAGGAGUCCAGAACUAGUCUGAUUCUUAUUCCAAGUACAACCACAGUAUCCAUUACUAAUUAAGCAUCUCUCUCAGAUAAGUUCACACAACUCAGAUUGUGUACUAAAAAAUGCAUAGUGAUCUUUCAUAUACUAUACAUACUCUUAAUUUAUUUUUACCAAAAGUUGACUUACUAGGUGUUUGCACUAAACCCCUUGAUUAUUGACUCGAUAAAUGAAAGGGAGUUGCACUAAACUUUCAGGGAAAUAGUACAUCUAGUGACUAAUGAAUAAUUGGGACCAUUCCCAUUCACAUGCUGUAGGUGUGAAUGAUCAGUCUGCAAGUUUUGAAUUGAUUUGAAUGGAAAUCAAAUAAAACUUAAUUUGUGACUGAUGAUUGAACUGCUCAACAUUGUUUUGUACAUUUGACUGAAUUCUUAAAGUGUAUUAAUAAGUCUGUUAAAAAAAGUACUUUUACAAAGUUCUGAGUACUUUCUUUCAUAAAAUUCUCACCUUAUAUUCAUAUAUCCUAAAAACACUAGAGUGAUUUGGUCAAUGUUUAUACAGUGGAAGUGCUCAACUUAAUUUAUUAUGGCUCACUACAGAAACUUUAUUUUGUUUUUGACAUCUUGCGAAUUAUUAUUGUAUAUAAUUGCUUAUAUCAACA